AUGGCGGACACUGGGGCUCGUCCCAAAGAAAGAGUGUCGAAGCGUACUACAAGCAUUAAAGAUCAGCUGGUUGGUCCUGAAAAGGAAGAGACUCGGAGACUUCGCAAAGAGAUUGAGGACCUACGACGCCAACUUGAUGACUUCAAGGCAGCAGAUAACUUGAUAUGCGUGACGACAGUGAUAUGUGACGACAGUGAUAUGUGUGAAGACAGUGAUAUGCGUGACGACAGUGAUAUGUGUGACGACAUUGAUAUGCGUGACAACAGUGAUAUGUGUGACGACAGUGAUAUGUGUGACGACAGUGAUAUGUGUGACGACAGUGACAUGUGUGACGACAGUGAUAUGUGUGGCGACAGUGAUAUGUGUGACGACAUUGAUAUGUGUGACGACAGUGAUAUGUGUGACGACAGUGAUAUGUGUGACGACAGUGAUAUGCGUGGCGACAGUGAUAUGUGUGACGACAUUGAUAUGUGUGACGACAGUGAUAUGUGUGACGACAGUGAUAUGUGUGACGACAGUGAUAUGUGUGACGACAGUGAUAUGCGUGGCGACAGUGAUGCAUGUGACGACAGUGAUAUGCGUGACGAUGUGACGACAGUGAUAUGUGAACAAUGA